AUGUCAGCCUUUUUACUUUGUGUAGAUGAAACUAAUAAGUUAAUCGACAAUGAUACUUUACCAACAAGUCAAACAUUCCAUGCAGUAGUGAAUGCAGUAGGAUAUAUAAGUUGUGAAGUUAUUACAAAAUCAAUGCAUCCUGCUUUAUCACUUCCAUUACCUUUGCCCAGUCAUGAUGAUGCAAUUAGUAUUGUCUAUAAAGAUGCUGGUUUGAAUGAGGUUUAUGUAAAAUUACAAAUCUAUUUCAAUGCUGUAUUUCAAAUAUUGGUGGUCACUCUAGAGAAGUAUGCAGAUGUAGAAAAUGUUGAGUCAAUUAAUCUAUAUGAUAUAAUUGUCAACAGAAAUGGCUCUAGAAAUAAUAGCUCAUGCAAUACUUGGGAUUCACAUACUUUAAACUGUUCUUCAAUAGAUUUAAUUUUACAGAUGAAGUGGGUUCAAUAUGAAAUAUCCAAUCCACAAAGAAUUAAUCAAAACCCAAUUAAUGAGGAGAUAAGAAAGGAGACAAAAAGUCUCAAGGCCUUGGAUUCAUCAUUACUUGAUAUCUUAUAA